AAAAGGAAUGGAGUGAGAAUGGAAUUUGUGAAUUCCAAACAGAACUGCUAUCCCCCAAGUAGAGACGACAACCCAGCAGAGCUUCCCAAUAUUCUGCUCUGCCAAGUUGAAUUUUGAGUAAUGUACAACCAUAAUAUUUUCCUUUUUUAUUUUUAUUUUAAUAAUCAUGGUGUUCGGGACGACUAAAUCCGGACAACGCAGUUACCAGAAUCUUUAAAUUUCACUCCCUUCGGUAAUCGUCUCUCUAUCUAUAUUCAACUGUAUUAAUAGCUCCAUUCUAUUGAAUUUUCCCAUGAAUCUAAUGAACAAAUUAAUUAUAUCAACAUGUUCAAAUGGACAAUUAGUCAUUAAUUCCAAGAAUCUGCAUUCAAGAUUGAAUUUUUCAUCAUUAUCAUCAAAUUGUGUCCAAAUUCUAACAGAUUAUAAUGAGUCUGCUAAACCCAUUUCAAACCCUCUUCACAGCUUCCUACCUAAAACCCAAAACCCCCAAAACACAGUUAGUCUAAUCUGUUCAGCUCUAAAGAACAGAGAAAAUGACCAUUUUGCCCUCCUGAGAAAAACUGUUCAAGAAAAUGGGCUUGUUAGUUAUCUUAGUAAUAAUGAAAUCUCUAGGGUGUUGUUGAGAUGCCAGUCUGAUUCAUAUAGUGCUCUUAGUUUCUUCAAAUGGGCCAAGAAUGAUUUGGGUGUGAAGCCAAACACUCAAAAUUAUUGUCUUGUUAUUCAUAUAUUGACUUGGACAAAGAACUUUUCACAAGCAAUGAAACUUUUGUCUGAAUUGGUUGAUUUGCAAAGAGAUGGAGUGGAGAGUACUUUGGAUGUGUUUGAAAGUUUGGUUUCGUUGAGCGGUUUAUGUAAUUGGGAUCCUGUUGUGUUUGACAUGUUAAUUAAGGCUUUUCUUAAAGAGAAUAUGGUGAAGGAUGGGUAUAGAGCUUUUAGAAAGAUGGUGAAGCGUGGGAUUUGCCCGAGUGUUAUUACUAUGAACUGUCUUUUAACUGGUCUUUCGAAGUUGAAUUAUAGCAAAAAAUGUUGGGAAGUUUAUACUGAAAUGGAAAGAAUUGGGGUGCACCCGAAUUCAUGUACGUUCAAUAUAUUAACUCAUGUUUUGUGCAAGGAUGAAGAUGUGAGCAAGGUUAAUGACUUCUUGGAGAAAAUGGAGGAAGAAGGGUUUCAACCUGAUAUAGUUACAUAUAAUACAUUAGUUAGUAGCUAUUGUAGGAAAGGAAGAAUGAAAGAUGCAGUUCACUUGUAUCAAAUUAUGUACGUUAGAUGCGUAUCACCGGAUUUGUUCACGUAUACGUCUUUGAUAAAUGGCUUUAGCAGAAAGGGAAAUGUGAGGGAUGCUCAUCAGUUGUUUAUAAGGAUGGUUGACAGAGGGUUAAAACCAGAUAUUAUUUUGUAUAACACUCUUAUUUCUGGUUACUGCAAAGAGGGGAUGAUGCAAGAGGCACGUUUUCUGUUGCAUGACAUGAUUGGAGAAGGUAUGUACCCUGAUAAGUUCACUUGUUCAGUUCUUGUACAAGGAUAUCAAAAACAAGAUAAUUUGGUUUCAGCUGUGAAUUUAGUCACAGAACUUCAAAGAUUUGGAUUUGUAGUAUCUCGUGAUAUAUAUGAUUAUCUAAUUGCUGCUCUUUGUAUGGAGAAUCGACCAUUUGCAGCGAAAGCUCUAAUUGAUCGAGUAUCUGGCGACAGAUAUGAGCCUGGCAAUAUAGUCUAUGGGGAGUUGAUUGAAUCUUUCUGCAGAUGCAAUUUCCCUGAUGAGGCGUUAUGCCUGAAAGCAGAGAUGGUGUCAAAAGAUUUGAAGCUCGAUUUAGGUACAUAUAGAGCUAUAAUUAAAUGUUUGUGUAAAUCAGGCCGAAGUAUGGAGGCUAACUCCUUGAUGAGAGAAAUGACAGAUUGUCAUAUGCCACCUGAUAUUGAAGUUUGUAGAGCUUUAAUAAAUGGGCACUGUGUGGAAAACAAUUUCCGCGAGGCACAAUCGCUGUUAAGCUUCUUUGCUCAAGAAUUUAAAAUAUUUGACACAGUUUGUUACAACGCAAUUAUCAGGCUUAUAAGUGCUGAAGGUGAUAUUGCAAAACUGAUGAAAUUUCAAGAUAAGAUGAGGAAAGUGGGUUUUGCGCCAAAUCAGCUGACAUGCAAGUAUGUAAUUGAUGGAUUGCAGAAAGCUGUGAGAGUCCACAAAAUCAACAUCUAAGUGCAGUAAUGAGUUAAGUCUUUGGUGGCAUUGAUUUCCUCCAUGAGAUGACAUUACUUCAGUGGAUCUCGAACGAAUUAAGCUUCUUUACUGGAAGGUGCUUGGGUUCACACAGCUUGAGAUUCGGCACGGAGGUUCUUGAUCUCAAUGUUUCAGAAAUCAGGGAUCAAUCACUUCAGGGUGCAGGGUUAUGAAAUCUGAAGCUAUCCUACAUGCAGAAGGAUUGGCAUUGGUUUCUGUUAGACUUAAACUUAAGAUCCUCAGUACAAGAAUGCAGAUCAAGUUUGAAUUGUAUACUCACUGGUUCUCUGUGUAUCGUUGUCAGCUGUUUUAAGAUUCCCUUCACGGCUGACCUAAAUUUGGAAUUAUAAGUGGAUGCUAAAGAAGGUGUCAGUGAUCAAAGGUCAAUCCUGCUUCCAGUGUAUUGGAUGUCACCUUAUUUGCCAGUUAAUUGUGAAGACUUCUGUUAAUAUCAAAAGCACCGACCUUUGCUUCUAUGUAUUGGUUUGGAUACAAGGGAGGAGAAAUUGAAAUGCUUCUUCAGAUUUAAGGUUGGUUUUUGACAUGCAGAUGCACAUAUGGGGAGGUAGAACUUCCUUUGCCAACGUGUUACUUAUGAUAUUGGGUUGAAAGUUGAAACUGGUUCCUGAUAGAGCUAUAUGGAGGAUUCAUAUUGACUACUCCAUCUAGGUUGUGGUUGAAGCAUAGUAGCUUGAUUGAUUCGUGUUCUUCUUCUUUUGAAUCUAAGCUACAAUUUGAUCUGUGUCUUCUGCUCUAUGUUCCUCAUCCUUUUACCUGGUGUUCCUCAUUUUCAGAAACUCCAGUUAUGGCUAAUUUCAGGAUAUUUGAGAUUUGAGCUUUAUCACUGCUAUUGCACUUGUUGUAUAAGGUUGCUACUUUAUGUACUGACCCACUUCAAAUGAUAUUAAAGGCAGUAUUCUAUUUGUA